AUGAUGGUGUCACGUGAACUCCCAACUACAGGAAGUAGUAAAGCUCACACAUGUCACAUCGGUGUGCGGGUAGUCGAAAUUAAAGAGAGAGCCAGCAGCGGGUUUAUUUGCAGUUGUCGGUCUUUGUUGCUGUAUUAUUUUAGCUGCUAUUUCGCUAAAAUGACUCCCGUGUGUGAUAGUUGCUGUGAGAACAUUAUGAAGCUGAAUCAGCAGGUUUCUGUGAUGAGGAAAGAAAUCAAGAACUUGAGGUAAGAUCACAACACCACAGCUCCUGAACAAGGGAGCAAUCAAACUAUCCAUUCAAAAUCUGUCACCUUGGAGUUUAACAAACAAAAUCUAGUUCACAAAUGCAUUAAAUACAGCUAGACUAUUUUAGUGUAAUGCAUAUCUCUUGUUUUUUUCCCUUAACCCUUGAACACUAUCGCUGGGUGAUUUUCACCUGACCAAACAUGUUUACGUGAUUUUCAUUACGGUGUGUUUGAGUAUCAUGGGUCCCUGGGUAGCUUCAGCCUUGCCUUUCACAUCUUUUGAAGGCAUAUUUGUUUCCUUGAUCUAAAACCUGCUUUUUCCUACAGACACGUGCAAUAGUGAUAGGGUAAAGUAGGUUUGGGUGGAUUUUAUAGCUGCAUGUAGGGAAUAAGGUAAAUAAGAAUGGUCCUGGAAUUUGCAAGCUAUCUUUAUUUAGCGCAGUGGUUAUGAAUAACUAUCAAAAAGUAGUGAUUGUCAAGGGAAUUCAUAUAGUCAUAAGAAAUAUUUUAGUCAGCUGGUCAUUUUUACUCACUCAAAAUCUGCCAUAUUUUGGUUCUCUCGCCUGCAGCUGUUAUUGUGCCAAGGUUGCCUGGCUGGGCCAUCCUGUUGCGUGAAUCACUUGCCGUUCCUUCCUUGUUGUGGGAAGGAACGGCAAGUGAUUCACACAACAGGAUGGCCCUGAGUGCUAAGGACCCUGAGUCUUCACCAGGGAAGACUCACAUGACCCAGGAAUGGGUGGAAAAGAGACAAUGUUUACAGUUUAUAUCUAUAUUUUUUUAAGGAUUUUUUUGUUCAUGAAUGUCUAAUUUCAGUUAUUUUGUUGCAUUUUUAUAUGGUCAUUUGUACAUUGCACAGUUAAAAAUAAAAGAAAACUCCUUUAAUUUGUCAUGUAUUGUCCUGUUUUGAUAUAUUUUGAUGACAAGUACUUUUUCUUGGGUAUAUUAUUUCAGGUAGUGAUGGUGUUACUAAUUUUAGCGAUAGUGUUCUAGGGUUAAAAUAUGUGAUUCACAACACUGUAGUUGAUACUUGAUCUGAUAUGGUUUGUGAUUCUUGUGUUUACUCGUCUCCCGUUGCUCAACAGGCAAAUGUUGGAAAGCGCAAAUAGAGCUAAUCGCAAACACAUGACAUCCAUUCAGUCUGUCGUGUCAAAGAUUGAACUGUCUGGACCCAACAAAGAAAAGGUACCGUCACCACAACCACUACCACAACCACCACCGCCAUCCACAUCACCUGAGGCUGCUUUAGAACAAGGUAAUUGUCCUAAAUGCUGCCUAUACAAAAUGAAGUAAACAGAAAACAAUACAAAACAUAUUAAGUUGUCCCACUGAAUCAACAUGAUGUUGUGGUAGUUUAUUCUUAUGCCUCACUCAUUACAUAAAACACAAAUGUUUCAGUAUAAAAUAAAAUUUGUAUAGGCUACAGAAAAUAGUCAAUGUACAGAAUGACAGGUUAUGAACGUGGGACUCUAAAGAAAUCAGAUAGUUCCUGAAAAUGAAAUUACUCAUCAAAUUAAUUAUCUUAUCUUGUUUAUGUGGUUGACUUGUUGUUUAGGCUAUAGCUUAUUAUAACAAACUGUUACUUUAUAAAUUAUCUCAUACGCUCUUCAUAUAUAUCUCAGCUAAACAUAUUAACUUGUCAACUGAGCUGUCAGUAAAACUGUAAAAUAAUUGUAGUUCUUCCUUUUGAUGUUCACAAGAAGAGAGUAGUCAGACAAAAAAUAGGGAAUCAUUAUGCAAUAUUUUACUUGUAAGAUUUUGUAAAAUUGUACAAUUGUAGAAUUGUACAUAGAAACAUAACACAAAAUUUAUCCUCUGAUUUUGUUUUUAAAACUUGUUCAACAAUAUAAAAUGUUUGACUUUGAAACCUUCAGGAAACAUCCAAACUGUCCCGAUCGGUCACAUAAGUUCCUGUUUCUCUCUGAAGAAUGGGACCCCGAGACAGCCCACCAUUUGUGGCCCUUCAAGAGCUGAGCUACAAAUUCAGCAGAAAGUCUUUAACAACCCUGAGCAUUCUUUGGUGGGUCUAGAGCAGUACUCCCAUGUCUGGUAGGUCACAUACAGUUUAGUCCAUGUAAAUUUGUUCCUUUUUCACUGCUCAGUCUACGGUUACUGUUGCCAAAAAUAUAAGUCAUUACAUUAGCUGCUAUCUAAUGUAAUGGCUCAAAAAGGACCAAGGUAUGACUUUCUCUUAUGAGCCUUAACAGCUUUGUGACACUUUUGCUGUUUAAAGAAAUGCAUUUUAAACCCCUUUCUAUACUUUUAAGUUCCUGUUCUUUUUCUCCUGAAAAAAUGGGCUUACCGUUUGUUUUAUGUUAAAUUCCUUUUUGAAUAUUUCCACAUUUUCCGAAAGGCUUCUGUCCUUCACAACAAAGCAGUGUUUCCACACAUAUGAACUCUAUUUUGGAGCCUCUUUGAAUAAAAAAUCUGUGUGCUUUUCCAUUUUAUUCGGUCUUCACAGGAUCAUCUUUCUUUUCCACAAAAACGGGCACCUGAGUUACAAAGCCAAAGUGAAGCCUCCUCGACUCAAUGGUCAGAGAGUUGGUGUGUUCUCGACACGAAGUCCACACAGACCUAAUGCUAUAGGUCUAACUCUGGCUAAACUUGAUAAAAUUGUGGGUGAGUAUCAAUAGCAAAAUAUCUGUUUAAUUGCUAAAUGUGUGCUUGCUCUGUCAGUGACAACCAUAUAAAAAUGCAACAGAGUAUGAAUAUUUAAGCUAACACUUUUUCUCUGGUAUGGUUCUUUGUCAAAAAAUGUUUCCAGCUUUGAUAAAAUGCACAAAAGGAGUUAUUGUCCCUGCUUGUUUAAAUCAGAUACCCUCUCUAUUUUGUAGGUGAUACACUACAUCUAUCAGAUAUUGACAUGAUUGCCGGCACCCCAGUUCUGGACAUCAAACCCUACAUCCCAGAUUAUGACUCCCCUCAAACCAGGAUGGUCAUGGACUCUGAGACUCAUGAUUUAAUCACAGAGCAACUAUACCCAUCUGCUGAGUCACUAAAUGAGACUACAGACGCACUAAACCUCCGUAAUAGCUCAGAAACCAAUCCUCUGUCAGGCCCAGAAAGUGAAAGAGCUGAUGAUGACAAUGAGGAUCAUAAUAAUGACAGUGAUGGUGAUGACAGGGAGAUUCUGCUCUUGAAAAAAAAACCCAAUUGUUGUAGUCCAGACACAGAGUCAGCGGAUGUUGGUGCUCAGUUUUUUCUAUCCAAAGACCUCCACAGAGUGGUGGAGGAGGUCAAGACCUUUGUGAGUCAGGGUAAAAUUGGCCCGCAGAGUUGUGUGAGAGAGAAUCAAGUUUUGGAGACAAAAACCAAACCACCUGGGUCAACUUUGGAUCAACCGUGCUAUGGAGUGGAGGCCUACAGCACUAUUGCCAGCUGGAUCAGAGAGCCUCCUGUUGGAAGUCUGGACGUGAGAUUCACACCUAAUGCUGAGAGAGAGUUAGCAGAAUUUCUUCCAGCUCACCUGUCUGGUAAGUCAGAGAGCGAGCAUUCAACAUGUUAAAAGAAGUUGUCAUCUCCCCACAAGAGGGUGCUGUUGUUUAAGAGAGAUAAAAAAGAGAAGCGUUAUAACAAACUACUAAAACUGAAAAACAACUUUUUUGUCACACAGCACCCUCCGACAGAGGCCAACCACAAUUUAGAUUCCUGCGCUCUUCAGAAGAGGCUGCUGCUGCCAUCAGAGGGGUGCUGUCAGCAGACCCUCGGUCAGUCUACAGGAGGUCCCGUUGCACAGACAAACUCUUCUUCUUCACCCUGGACACAGCUGACAUCACCUGCUGGUUUGGACAGGGCUUUGCUGAGGUGCUGCAGGUCCGACCUGUCGAGCAACCAAGCACCUCUGUCUGA